AUGGGCCUACACUGGCGGGCGGGUGAGAAUUAUUUGGAUGUGCUGAGUUUGUCCCCAUUCACCAUUCACGGCUGUCAGCCGGCCGAUGCAGAGGGUUCUUUUCUGUCCGAGCAAAAAUUUCCGCUUCACGCAAGAUGCCAAGAGUCAUCGGGCGAAUAUAUGGCAACCCUGUGGGCCUUGGAUACAGGAAGGGCAUACCUUGUCGGCGUGGGGCCGUCGACCGAGGAUUCGUCUACGCGUGAUACAGACUUGGAAAGUUGCCUCGGUGUUGGUAGAAACGGAGUGGACGCCCCAGUGAAGUUCUUUUUUGUGAAGACGUGUAUAAACAGAGGACCAUUGGCGUUUCUUGCAGCACAUACCAUUUUGGAUGUGGGACUUCUCUACCGUGAUGACUUCCUUGACUGUUUAUUGUCACAGAGAAGCAGUUGGAUGUUGAUUGAACAUUUUGGAUGGGAGAAUACGACGUUGUUGCAGCGUUUGUUUUACCACUCUCUUUUUGCAAUCCCUGAUGCAAUACGUGAGGCACCCGUGUACACGCUUCCAAACGGUAGUAAAGGUCGUUUCUGCUUGGACUUGAAGCAGGAAAACAUUGCCUGGCGGAAGAGCAAAAAGGUUCGACGUAUUAUGGUGUGUGGCCUUUUUGCAGUGGCUGUAAAUCGAGAUAUUCGGGACUCGUUGUGCCUGGCGCGGGAAUAUCAUCUGGAGAAAAAGGGGAAUACGUGGUUAAAGGAAAGCUACAUUGAUCUUCUUGUGGAUUUGGCGGCUUGUCCAGAAUAUGGAGUGAAAAUCAUGUCGGUGGAGCUCCUGGAAAAGAGCAGUGGCAAUGUCCUUGCUGGCUGCCUGGGGUUCUCUCUUGGUUGUGUGCACCACGAUUUCACGAUGUUUACCAUGCAGCGCUCGCCCGAGGGAUUCGGCACGUUUGCCACAAAACUACUGGGCGAGGCACUGCAGCAGUGCGGCUACAAUUUGUGGUAUUGGGGAUUUCGCUUAAAAUACAUGGAGCAAUUUGAGGGAAAAUAUGGCGGAAAAAUCAUAUGCAAAGCUGAUUUUUUUGCACGUUGGGCGCAAAACCGAGAUGUGCAGCCGAAUUGUACCCUGGAGGAGUUUUUCCGGUCUGGGAGAGGAAUGCUGCCGUAUUUUGUUUCCGCGGAAUAG